AUGGAAAUCAAGGUGGAUAGGCUGAGUGUGCUCCUCUUCCUAGCUGGGUUCUUCGGGGGCUUGGGGGCCCUGUCCCUGAUGCUCUCCUUUGGGACAGACUACUGGCUGCUGGCCUUGGAGACCUGUAGUCCUGGGGGGGCAUCAGAGACCUGGGAGGCUGGGGCCCUCAGACCUGGGGAGAUGGAGGAUCAGGACACUGUGACAUUCUUCCACCAGGGCUUCUUCUGGAGGUGCUCCUUCAGUGGCAUGAGAGAGGAGAACAUGGUGUGGCACUUCUGGAUCACCAAUCAACCACACCAAAAGGUCUGUGUGCCUGCCUACCUCUUCCUAAUUUAUGCUUCUGAUCAAAGCACGGAUUACCAGGCACCUGACACUGCAGUCUACAGGGCCUUCUGGAGCAUCUUCCUUCUAGUUGGCGUGGUCACUGUUAUGAUUGGUGGGUUUGUCAUCAUCUGUGCCUCUCCAUUGGCCAGCCACAGGCUCUACAAAGUAGGCGGGGCACUCUUGCUCACUGGAGGUCUAUGUCUCCUGGUUGUAAUAUUGAUGUAUGUAGUCUGGACCCAGGUACUGGACACUCUGGAGGACUACGCUGCCCAGCAACAACACUCCUCCCAGUGUCCAACAGUCUACCACCUCAGCGUCCAAUACGGCCUCUCCUUCCUGUUUGCUCCCGUCUCCGUCUUCUUCUUCCUGCUGGCAGCACUGCUCUUCAUCCUGAUUGGACGAACAGUGCGGAGGUGCCAUCACAAAGUGCCAACGUAGUGACUGAGGGGGGAACAGCCAGAGAGGAAGUGGUGAAUGAAC